GGCGCGAUGGGCUGCAGUAACUCUAGGGCCACCAGCGCGGGGACCCGCCGAGACCCUGCAGGAGCAGCUAAAGAUGCAACAGAAGAAUCGAUAAUGGAAGAUGACAAGAGGAGAAACUAUGGAGGGGUAUAUGUAGGUCUGCCCUCUGAAGCUGUCAAUAUGAUAUCUAAUCAAACAAAGACUGUACGCAAAAAUUAGAAGAAAAUAUCAUGACUCAAUAAUCAAGAGCUUGCUCAUUGAG